GCUUCCUGACGCGAUUCCCCGCCCCCUUCGGGUUCGCGCAGCGAGUAGGGCCCCUGGCCGCCACCGCCACCUCGGCCGCUGCCGCCGCCAUCGCCUUCAUCCUUCGUGCCCACUAUGGCCGAGGAGCUCUCAGCGGCCACGUCCUACACCGAAGAUGAUUUCUACUGCCCCGUCUGUCAGGAGGUGCUCAAGACGCCCGUGCGGACUGCGGCCUGUCAGCACGUUUUCUGUAGAAAGUGUUUCCUGACUGCAAUGAGAGAAAGUGGAAUACAUUGUCCCCUCUGUCGUGGAAAUGUGACUAGAAGAGAGAGAGCAUGUCCUGAACGGGCCUUAGACCUUGAAAAUAUCAUGAGGAAAUUUUCUGGUAGCUGCAGAUGCUGUGCAAAACAGAUUAAAUUCUAUCGCAUGAGACAUCAUUACAAAUCUUGUAAGAAGUAUCAAGAUGAAUAUGGUGUUUCUUCUAUCAUUCCAAACUUUCAGAUCUCUCAAGAUUCAGUAGGAAACAGUAACAGGAGUGAAACAUCUGCAUCUGAUAACAUAGAAACUUACCAAGAGAAUACAGGUUCUUCUGGGCAUCCUACCUUUAAGUGUCCCUUGUGUCAAGAAUCAAAUUUUACCAGACAGCGUUUACUGGAUCAUUGUAACAGUAAUCACCUAUUUCAGAUAGUUCCUGUGAAUCUUCAGCUAGAUGAGGAAACCCAGUAUCAAACUGCAGUUGAAGAAUCUUUUCAAGUAAACAUCUGAAGGCUGUAGACACCUCUGCAUCUUUGUGCCUGCAAGUGCCAUCUUUAAGGAGAAAACUACAUGAAGUCACCAUUUCAAUAACUUGAUGUGUAUAUUAAUAAAAGUAAUUCAGUCUAUUGUUUUAGUUUUUUAAUUGAAAAAUAAAGGUGGGCCAUGUAAAAACUUAAUUCUUUUGGUAAGUUAAAAGAUAAAGCUUCGGACAUUAUCUUUAUAAACAUUAAAAGGAUUAUAUUUCAUUGAUGGUGAAAAGAGAAUCCCUAUUGUACUUACCUUUUUUGCAUUACAUAUUCUUGAAUUUUUCCUUGCUUUUGAAAUUUGGUGCAGUUCCUUCCAUUGACAUUAUUGUACACAGGUAACAUAGUACCAAAUUCUGAAUGAUGUUAUUAAUAUAAACCUAACAAAACUGAGCCAGUUAUUUGAGUUGCAAAUGGAGACUUGAAGUGCUAAAUGAAACAAUCCAAAGGAAACUUUUUUAAAUACAGAUUCUAGCUGAAGAAUUCAACUAUAAGAAAGUUGUAUUUAUAUAAUGUUUAGUAUUUUUGAAGACUAGUGAGAUUUCUUUAAUAAUUUUAACUCUUUAAAAAGCAAAAGCUCAUUGUAUAGAUAUUUCCUUUUUGCUGUUAGAAGGAAAUAUCAAGAGAAAAAUUGAUUUCUUUGGUGGAUAGUUGGUAAUGUCAAAUCUUGUUUGUUUGGCUGACUAAUUUGUAAGCCUAAAGUACAGUAAGCUGAAUUACAGCUCUUUGGCUUCAGAAUUUUCAGUAACAGAAUUGCUGGUUAGCUAUGAUGAAACUUGUAUUAGAAACUUGCAGUUGGUGAUAUUACAUUCUCUUUAUAUAUUUAAAUGAGAGGUUUGACUUCAUCUCAAUUUAGAAAUUUGUUCAAAGCUAAAGAUGUGUAUGUAUAUAUACAUGCACUUUUGUAUGUGUAUGUACACAUGAGCCUGCAAUUUGGGUAUAUGCAGAAUUUCUAUUAAGAUUUUUAAAAGGGAUUAGUAAUAUGGGGUUGAUGUGUUUAUCUGAGUUGAUUAAAACUUUGUAUGUUACCAAAUUUUUAAAGGAACAGUCAAAUGCUAAGUUGUCUACUUGGCUACUAUGACACCUUAAAAAUUGAGUUUACACACCUACACAAUUAAAUGUUUAUAUGGUGCUCAUUUGUUAUCUGAAAGAUAAUGCGGGACUAUAGUAGUGAGAUGGAUCCUACCAGCCACUGUUUCACUACAUUUUAGUCAAAAUUGAGUUCAUUCUUAGUAUUCAUUAAUGAAAGUCAUAAAAUAACUUGUACUAGAAGGCCCAAAUCACAGAAUAAAGCUGAAGAGUGGAUUAGCUGACAUUCCAUACUAAUAUAAUUGUUUAUGCUUUCUUUAAAAUAAAUAACUAAAAGAACAUAAAAUCUCAGAAGUAGUUUGCUGCUAAUAUAUACAUAUGUUGUAUAAAAAGGUAUAUUUUGGUUUUGUUAAAACCCUUGUUGACUUUUCUACAGUGAAUGUUUUUUUAACUUGAUUUAAUAAAAAUGUUAAUUUUGAAACAGAGUUUUGUAAAAACCUUUUUCAGUCAAACAGUAAUGACUUUAUUUAUGGGUAGUAAUAGCAAUCACCAAAAAAGCCAUACAUCUUAACAUACGCCUUGUUUCUGUCAUCCUAAAGAGUGAUGUUUCCUAUGUGGUUGAACGUUUCUCUGCAGUUAUAUGAGUGUAAUUAUAGGAAUAGCUGUUUAAUGAACUCUUUUUUAAAAAAGACUUUUGACCAUAGAUUUUUCCAGUUUAAAGCAAUAACUUUAGUACUUUGUUUCAGAAUUUAAUACUUCCCGUAUGUCAAGUAAAACUCUUCCGAGAUUUGAGAACGUCUUUAAAGGAAAGCUGUAGAGAUCAGCUUGAUGAAAUUGUGUUUUGAAGUUUGUGGAUUAGUUAAAUAUCAUUUUAUUGUCUUGUGUGUCUUUCAUAAAAAUUUUUUCAUAAGGAAAAUACCAACUUUUACUUGCUGUUACCUGGGAACUCCUCAGUAUGGAAAUAUUUGUUGAAAACCUCCCAUCCUUUGAUUAGUAGUUUAGGAAUAGAGAGGAAACUGUUGAUACUUUACACCUAAAUUUCACAGUACCACUUAACAGGCCUCAAAAGUUGAUGUUGUUAAGCAGUCUUAUUUGAGAUGUAUUGCUUUAUUUUUCAAUUAAACAUGGUUUUCUCCUACUUGUGUGUCUAAUUAAAAUUUUGUCUAGAGGCAAACAUGAUAGCAUUUAACUCUCAUAACUCACCCUGGAAGACAUGUAGGAGAUAACCCAUUAUUUUGCAUUUAAAAACGUGGAUAGGAGAAAGCUACCACAUGCUGAUGGUGUAUGUUGGGAGUAACUUUACAAACCUGUUUUAUCUUUAUUUCAAAUGUUAAUUAACUUACAAAGCUAUUUUAUCAAGUGUUUACACAGCAGGGUUUUCAGAAAGCUAGUUAACUGGUUAACAGACAUUUUUAAAUGGAAAAGUUACCCUUAAAUAAGGUAUCAGGGUUAUAAGAAUGUAUUGCCAAACACAAUGUCAUAUACCUGUCGCAUGCUUUGUAAGUAUUACAAUCUUCAGUGAAUCAUAACUUGAUAGGAACCCCUUAGGGCU